AUGACUGAAAAGAUAAUACUACAGGUUCAGAAGCAUUUACCAAACAUCGAUCUAGAUAUAAUAUCACAAGGUGCAGAAGCAUUGGUUUUCCAAACUAAAACUCAUCCAUAUUGUUCAAAUCCAUAUUUAAAAAAUAAUCAAAAAUUUAUAAUAAAAUUUAGACCAUCAAAACCUUAUAGACAUCCUAAAAUUGAUUUUCAAAUUACAAAAUCUCGUACAAUUGGAGAAGCAAAAUUUAUAUAUAAAUUAAAUAAAUUAGGUUUACCUAGUCCAUCUUUAAUAUCUUGUGAUUUUAAUAAUGGUAUUAUAUGGAUGGAAAAUUUAGGUAUAAAUUUACCAAAUGGUAAUGUAAGUUCAUUCAAGAAUUGGCUAUGGUAUUUGGAGAAAAAUGAAUCAAUUGAAGAUUGCACUAGUGCAGAAGUUGAGGAAGUUUGUUUUAAGGUGGGGCAACUAAUUGGUAAAUUACAUUUGAAUGAAAUGAUUCAUGGUGAUUUGACAACUUCAAAUAUCAUCUUAACUGAUGAUUCAAAUAAAUGGGACCCUGCAUUAAUUGAUUUUGGGUUAUCUACGUUUUCGGGAUUAGCUGAAGAUAAAGCUGUUGAUCUAUAUGUAUUAGAAAGAGCUAUAACGAGUACACAUUCAGUUUUUGCAGAAAAAUAUAAUAGUUGGUUACUAGAAGGUUAUAAAUCAGCUCAUGAAUUGAAAGAGUUCAAGAAAAUUGGCAAAAAGAAAUACGAUGAAACCAUAAAAAGAUUAGAGGAUGUUAGACUAAGAGGUAGAAAAAGAAGUAUGUUAGGAUAG